AUGGAAAAAUUCGAGCUAUCUAUCUGUCUGAAAAAGUUUUAUGCUGUUGCAAGAAAACAAGAGGGGAGGGAGUUUAAGGUUUCGACCCUUCGCGCAAUAAGAUCUGGUAUCGACCGCUAUCUAAAACAGUCGCUCCAAAACAAACCUUGGUCCAUUAUUGGCGAUCCUGUAUUUGAACGGGUUAAUAAAACACUGAAUGCCAUCUGCAAGAAAGUCACUCGAGAGGGGAAAAUUGGUCCAGUUAUCCACAAGCAUCCGAUAACAUGCGAGCAACUACAAAAGCUAUACGAAAGCGGUGAAAUUACCGACUGUGACUCCAACAACCCUCGGAAGCUUUUACAAACGGCUUGA